CCUGUGGCUAUGCUAUGCAGACCACCAAGUCGUUCACCAUCUCAAUCUAACCUAGGUACACCAAUUCCCAUCUCCAACGAGAACAGCCUGAUAUCGGAUACUAGGUCAGUCCCAACGUUAGCCACCUUCCUCUUUCGGUGCCGAUACUGCGAUAAUCAUGACAAUUGAGUUGGUUGAUAUGAUUCGACUUCUUGGGUCGCAUCCCUUCGAACUUUGAAAUCAUGACGCUCGGCCUUCUCUCGUUGCUGCUGCCGCUCGCUUUCGACAGACAAAUACCAAUUAUCUGGACCCUUGAGCGUUGCUGGCCUUCAUGAUGACGGACUCUGAGAAGUAUCGUUACACCGGCCCUGGGGAUGAUGAAUUUGAGCCCGAGGGCCUUUCCGCAACUCGUAGCGGACGAUAUUCAAAUGGCGCUCCUGCUGGCUAUCACGCUCACGACGUUUUUGGCAAUGAGGAGAAUGCUGCCAUCAAAUACAAGACUCUCUCCUGGCCACUGGUUGCAGUGCUCAUGAUUGCCGAGAUCGUUAGCAACGGCAUGCUCUCGCUCCCUGCUGCGACGGCUGUUGUUGGCAUCGUCCCUGGGGUCGUCUUGAUCGCUUUCCUAGGCAUAUUCGCAUUGUAUACGUCUCUUAUCCUGAUCGACUUCAAGCUCAAUCACCCGGAAGUCCACAACAUGGGCGAUGCCGGUAUGAUAAUGGGCGGUCCAAUUCUACGUGAAAUCCUCUCUGCAGGAACUGUGAUAUUCGCCGUCUUCGCAACUGGCUCGCAGCUACUCGCUGGCCAGAUCACGUUGGGAGUCUUAUCCGAGAACAAGCUAUGUCUGAUGCUAUACACAGGGAUCUUUGCCAUCCCGACUCUCGUCCUAUCUUUCCCAAGGACGCUGGACUCCCUCUCAUGGCUCUGCAUUCCAUCAUGUAUCUGCAUCCUCGUGGCGGGGAUCGUAGGUAUGGGAGCAGCAGGCGGCCACCCAGCACCCGAUCGCCAUGUUGACAUCGCUCGAUCUGCAAGCUUUUACGACGCCUUUGUCUCAAUAACAAAUCCAGUCUUUGCAUAUGCGGGGCACUUUAUGUUCUUCAUUCUCAUCUCUGAGAUGCGGAGGCCUCAAGAUGCUAAAAAGGCCGCUUGGGUCUUGCAGGUUUUCGCCACUACGUUUUAUAUUGUCUUCACGGUCGUUAUGUACGUCUAUCUGGGGCCAUCCGUACAGUCUCCCGCAUUCUCAUCCUUGCCUACAAAAUGGGCCAAAGCUACGUACGGCAUCGCCCUUCCGAACUUCCUCAUCGCAGGUUCCUUAUACUCGCACACGGCCGCGAAAUUGUUCUUCAUCCGCUUAUUUCGCCGCACCCGCCAUCUGCACGAGCAUACCGUCCUGGGCUGGACGACAUGGACCAUUCUAAUUAUCCUCGCGAACGGAGCCGCGUUCGUUCUCGCGGUCGGUGUGCCCAUCUUUGCAUAUCUCGUGUCCAUUGCCGCGAGUUUGUUUGCUAGCUGGUACACGUAUGGCAUUGCAGGAGCGUUCUGGCUGUAUGAUUCAUGGCAUGGUCUGGACAAAGGCCGCUUAAGGGGCGUAUAUGGCAUCACAGCUUGGAAGGGGAGUCCAUUCAAGACGGUCCUGAACAGUCUGACGUUCUUGGCUGGGGCAUUUAUUUGUAUUGCUGGAACCUAUGUCUCCAUCAAACUCAUCAUUGAUGCGUAUAGUAGCGGGAGUGUUGGCGCGCCAUUUGCAUGUUGACGUCCAUAUCGACGAGCAGAGUUGGAAAUAUCGUGAUGUAGUGCAGUCUACAGCUAUGCCACCGGUUACUACUACGAGGAGAGAGGAGUCCAUCAUUAUCGCCAUAUCAACACCACGUGCCUACAUAUAUGCUCGCCUCUUUGACCUUUUCCAUUUCUA